AGUACAGUUAUUUUUUAUUCACAGGAAGGGGGAAAAACACAGCUGUUGUUGAAAAAGAAAACAUCAAAAAUGCCUGCCCCAAAGAGAGACGCAUCUCCCCCCGAUUCUCAGCCCAAGAUAAAGAAGUUGGAUGAGGAUAACGAAGAUCUGCCGUGCAAGGCCACAACAGCUACAGAUUCCUCCAAAACGGGAAAUAUGCGAGAAAAGACAGUGGAACCCCGGACUAAGAAAAAACGCUCGUCUUCGAUGGAAGGGGAAAAUAAACCAACAAAGAUAUGUAAGCAAAAUUCCCCUCCAAAAGAUUUCAGCAAAACAUCAGACCCACCUGUCAGAAAAGCCAAGCUCUUGAUAGCCACAAGUGCCUCCUCGUGUGGUGAAACUCCCUCACUGAACGCAAAUUCCAAAGCUCCGUUAAAGCGAACUGCCUCCACGGAGUCUGAAGACGAAUUAAGUAGUGAUGGCAGCAAAGUUGACUUCUUCAGAGCAAGGGAUAGUGAUGACAAGUCGCGAUGCAUCAAAAAAUAUUCCAACAAGGUCAAAGCUAAGCGUCUGGCUGACGAGUCGUCGUCUGGUCCACAGGAGUCGAGCCAGAGUUUACUCGAUGGAAAUAUUUACCCUGUACAGAUAGAUCACAAUUAUGGUAAAUUUUCUGAAACCUCCUCUCUUCAAUGCCAAGAUCAGACGGAUGAAACAAAAUCUGCUGAAGCUUUCACUGACCCAGAGAGGCAAGACAUUUCAGGGGAUGUAUCACAAAAGGUGUCACUAGAUGCCUCAGUUUUACAAGAAGGGAGCAGUAAUGAGAACACAACAUGUGAAUCAGCAGCUGAAGUAAGUGUAUCUGUGGAAUUAGAGAACAAUGGGAAACAAAAUCUCAUAAUUAGUAAUGAAACACCAGCAUCCUCUGGAGAACUAGUGGAUUCCAAUAGAUCGGCCACAUCUGAGGAGGAGGAAUAUGAAAAGAAAGUUGAUGCAGAAUCCAUCAAAUUCCCUGAAGAUAAAUAUAAGCCACUAGUACCAUCUCAAGAAAUCCUAAGACGUGUGGGUACAGAGAGCACUUCAAGUUGUGUUAGCACAGAACAGAAAAAUGAAAAAGAGAAGUCUGAUUGCUAUUUGGGAAGUCAGACUCCUUUGCACACACAGUUUGUUUCUGGAGGAGAUGAAACACAAUCUAAAGUUACGGAGAGUGAACAUGAGUUGUCAGAAGCUACCAAAAUAGUUAGCACUUUUGAAGGCGACAAGGACUAUAAACUAUGUGAAGCACCAUCAAUGAAAACAAACUUUGCCCCAGAACAGGGCUUUAUUGAUAAUGGAAAACCGGAUUGUCAGACUGUGGAAAAUCUACCAGCAGAGAUUCAGACAGAUCUAAAGAUUCAGAAAUCUUUAAAAGGGGAAUUAAGUUCUGCAAGCAGACAAGACCAGGUGCCAGCUACAGGUGUCACUUUGUGUGAAAAAGAAGACAUUUUUUCUGCAAAAUCUGAGAAAGAAUUAGAAGAAAGCAACAAAGAUGGAUUAGAUUCUUUUCAAACUGCAACUAAUACUGAACCUUUGGUUAAAGUACAAUGGACUUAUGACACUGUGACUGCUGGGAGCUCUGCUAUACCAAACUGUGAGGAUGUUUGUGGGCAAACUUCUAUUGCUCCAGAAGAUCUGGAUCUCCAUGCAAAAGAUGUACAGCAUGAAGAAAAUCAUCAACUAUCUGGUGACAUAAGACAGACAUCUAUUGAAAAUUCUGCAGGCACAGGCAUGGAAAAAGACAGAUGUGUUGAGAGUGCUUCUGUACUUGAUAGCCAGAUCAAAUGUUAUUCAUCUAAUCUAAAUGUUUUAGUACAAACUGAAAGCGAGGAUACAUGUGAAUCUGCUACAAACCUACUGGAAAAUUGUAAUGAGGAUGACAUAUUGGAAAAUUGUCCAGUGAUUCAAAACAAAGAUGCAACAAACUCGGAUUAUGGUGAUGGACUUGAGGGUAAAAACAAAAUGGAAAUGGAGACUUUAGCAAGCUCUGAAGUCUUAACUACAGGACCUUUAGUUGGACUUCAAAAGCAGGAAGACCAGGAGGUCAGUCAACACGGGGUUUCUGCUAAAAUUCUAAUUCAGUUCCAACAUAAAAUGGAAACUGAGUCGGCUGUAGCAAGCAAGACUUGUAAUCCAGAAGUAGAGGUACAAAUUCUGGAUAAGCAAGCUAGUGAUCUGCCUCCAGAUACUCAAAAAAAUCUGAACACUGUAAUUUGUGACAGCACCGAAGAUGCUGAAGGUGUUGCUUCUGGUGAAAGUAAAAUAUUCUUGGAUGUGAAGACUGAUGCUGCACCAGAAACGAGUUUUAAUGUGACACAGACAGUGGACCCAGACAUACAGGUGAACGAGGAAGUGACCAAACCUCCCUCAGACAUUUCUGAGAAACCUCUGAAACAGCAGGAAAAGGAAAACAGUGAAAGCAGCGAAGAUGCUGAAGGUGUUGCUUCUGGUGAAAGUCAAAUAUUAUUGGAUGUGAAGACUGAUGCCGCACCAGAAACGAGUUUUAAUUUGAUACAGACAGUGGACCCAGACGUACAGGUGAACGAGGAAGUGACCAAACCUCCCUCAGACAUUUCUGAGAAACCUCUGAAACAGCAGGAAAAGGAAAACAGUGAAAGCAGCGAAGAUGCUGAAGGUGUUGCUUCUGGUGAAAGUCAAAUAUUAUUGGAUGUGAAGACGGAUGCCGCACCAGAAACGAGUUUUAAUUUGAUACAGUCAGUGGACCCAGACGUACAGGUGAACGAGGAAGUGAGCAAACCUCCCUCAGACAUUUCUGAGAAACCUCUGAAACAGCAGGAAAAGGAAAACCAUGAAAGCAGUGAAGAUGCUGAAGUUGUUACUGAUACUGUGGGUCAGUUAGUCUCACAUACCCAGACUGAAGCAAUGUUUGAGAUUUCCAACAGGAAUCUGGAAAAAGACCAUCAAGCCUUUGAGGAAACCGCUGACAUGACUGAUGCAGUUCUUAAAGAUCUGGAAAAUGCAAAUGAUGGGAUAAAUAACAAUGCUAAUUGUUUUCCUGCUGCUGAGGAUGAAAUGGAUGUGGAUCCACAGACUACAGCUUCAUCUCAUACCUGUACUGGGGGGCCAAGUGUGGAUACCCACUCUCAGACAAACCAGGAGGUCAGUGAACCCACAGCAGAAAAUCUAAAUGAUACUUAUAAAGAUGGGGAGGACAAUGCAAGAGAAGUUUGUGCAAAUGCUGCCUGUCAAAUAGAAGCUGAUGUACAGACCGCAACCUCGUCAGUGGAGGUCUGCAGCUCAGUACCAGCGAUGGACGCACAACACCAAAUGGGGAGUGGACUCACAGACAUGCCAAGGGAAUUUUUUGAGGAUCAUAAGGUUGAAGAUCACAAAACUGUUGAACAUGAUGUGGAUAUUAUAGAGCACAAGACUGUAAGUUGGUUUGAAACAGAGGAGGUUUCAAAUCCAUCUUCUGUGGAAGAAAAUGAAACCCAGACACCAGCGGCCUUCCAAAGAUCUGUGCUAGAAAUACAAUGUGAGCAAAUUCAGGAAGUGUGUGACCACAUGACUUAUAAAAUGGCCGAAACAGUGUAUGAAGAUUCAGAUAAUAACUUUCAAAACGAUGGAGACCCAUCACACACGGGAUCUCUAGUUUUGCAAGAGGAUACAGUUAAAAUGCAAAUACAGAUCCCCUCUACAUCAGAGAGUUCGGAAGUUUUACCUACAGUGGAAAUGCAUUAUGAUAACAGUCAAAAAGAAGCAGAUAUGGAGUCCACAUUAACACCAGAGCAAGUUUCCGGCGUCCCUGCUGGAGAAACACAAAGCAUCCCCAACGUUGAUGAACCAAAAACAGAUUCUGAGUCAGUAAUAGUCCAUGAAAGUUCAAGUAUUACUACAAAUGAGUAUGUCCCAAAUGAAAACAAACCAAUUGAAGAAUCUGUUUGCGUUAUUGAGAUGUCAAAUGAACCAGAAAUACCAGACAUUUCAAAGCAAACAGAUACUGCAGAGACCUCAGAACAAGUUUCAAAUGUGUCUGCUAUGGAAAUGCAAGACCAAAUGUGUCAAGAUGUUAAAGAUCUAAACGUAGAUCCCCAGCUUGUGACUUCAGCAGAACCUCAACCCAGAAUGAAAGAUCAACCCCAACCACAUUUACCACUUCAAACUGAAACACAAGUCGAGGAGUGCUUGAGAAACAGUCAACCUGAAAUGGAUCCAUCUGGAAAAAUCUGGAAAUUUUUUAAGGGGGCCAACUCAACUGAAUCUAACAAAAAUAUCAAUGAAUCACUUAAAGAAUACAACACUAUUGCAGAGUUUGAAAAGAACAUAAGUAUGCACCCACAACCUGAAGAGAUUUCAAAGCAAGCAGAAACACAGACUGCAGAGAUCUCAGAGCAAGUUUCAGAUGUGUCCACUGUGGAAAUGCAAGACCAAAUGUGUCAAGAUGUUAAUGAUCCAAACUUAGAUCUGCAGUUUGUGACUUCAGCAGAGCCUCAACUCAAAAUGGAAGAUCAGUCCAAAACACUUUUUACGCCUCAAACUGAACCGCAAGUCGAGGAGCAACUGAAAGUCACUCAGCCUGACAUGAAUGUAUCUGGAAAAAUCUGGAAAUUUUUAAAAGGGCCCCACUCGGCUGAAUCUAACAAAAAUAUCAAUGAGUCACUUGAAGAAUACAAAACUGUUGACAAGUUUGAACAAAACAUUAAUAUGCAAACACAACCUGUAGUAUCACCAGAGAAAAUUUCAAAUAUAUUUGAGAAAGUGGUGCAAGACAAAACAAGACAAGAGAAUAGCGAAGUUGCCCAGGUCGUCGCAGUGUCAGAAAAUUCAAACAAAAUGGAAGAAGUUGAAAACCCGAAAGUGACAGAGCCGACGCAAGAUGCGUCUCAAACAGAAGAAUUUCCAAGGAGUCCCUCAAUUGAUUAUCAGGAAAAUAAAACGGAUGAAGAAUAUGUUUGCUCUUCUGCAAACGAAAUGGAAAUCCAAACAGAAACAGCAGAGAUUUACAAACCAACAUUAAAAGCAGAGACAGAAAUUCAGGAGAUUAGUGAGUUCACCUCAUACUCUGAGGAACUAAAAAAUUCUUCUUUUACUGUUGAUGUUGACGCUACUGUUGCUUCUGAAACUCAUGAAGAAUUAGAAAUGAAAACAUCAGUGACAGCCGAGGAGAAUUUUGACAAGACAUUUGAUGAGGUGAUGCAGAACCAGGAAAGCCAGGAGGUCAUUGAUCAACUAAGUGAGGGUAAAUCUGAAUGUGAUUCUGAGAUAAAUGCUAAUUUUGAAGAUACACUGGCAUCCGAAAGGCCUUGCCUUCCUGGAGGUUUGGUAGAACACCAAAGCCUUUUGGUAGAGGACAUCAGCAACGAAGCUGUGGAGACAUCAUUCGAAAAUCAGAAAACGCAGCCUGUUGUUGGCGCUACUGUUGCUUCUGAAACUCAUGAAGAAUUGGAAAUGAAAACAUCAGUGACAGCCGAGGAGAAUUUUGAUGAGGUGAUGCAGAACCAGGAAAGCCAGGAGGUCAUUAAUCAGCUAAGUGAGGGUAAAUCUGAAUGUGAUUCUGAGAUGAAUGCUAAUUCUGAAGAUACUCUGGCAUCAGAGGGGCCUUGCCUUCCGGGAGGUUUGGUAGAACACCAAAGCCUUUUGGUAGAGGACAUGAGCAACGGAGCUGUGGAGAUAUCAGUUGAAAAUCAGAAAACGCAGCCUGUUGUUGGUGCUACUGUUGCUUCUCAGACUCAUGAAGAAUUGGAAAUGAAAACAUCAGUGACAGCCGAGAAAUUUGAUGAGGUGAUGCAGAACCAGGGAAGCCAGGAGGUCAUUGUUCAUCCAAGCGAGGGUAAAUCCGAAUGUUACUCUGAGAUGAAUGCUAAUUCUGAAGAUACUCUGGCACCAGAGGGGCCUUGCCUUCCGGGAGGUUUGGUAGAACACCAAAGCCUUUUGGUAGAGGACAUCAGCAACGAAGCUGUGGAGACAUCAGUUGAAAAUCAGAAAACGCAGCCUGUUGUUGGUGCUACUGUUGCUUCUCAGACUCAUGAAGAAUUGGAAAUGAAAACAUCAGUGACAGCCGAGGAGAAUUUUGAUGAGAAAUUUGAUGAGGUGAUGCUGAACCAGGGAAGCCAGGAUGUCAUUGUUCAUCCAAGCGAGGGUAAAUCCGAAUGUUACUCUGAGAUGAAUGCUAAUUCUGAAGAUACUCUGGCACCAGAGGGGCCUGGCCUUCCAGGAGGUUUGGUAGAACACCAAAGCCUUUUGGUAGAGAACAUCAGCAAUGAAGCUGUGGCGACAUCAGUUGAAAAUCAGAAAACGCAGCCUGUUGUUGAGCUGGAAGAAGAAGGAAUUGUGAGACAGACAGAAGCUGUCGUUGAGGAUGUUAAAGAGAAAGUCUGUGUUACUAGUUUGCUAAUGGAAAGUGCGGAUUCUGAAAUGGAGAAGGAAACGGGAAACCAAAAGAUUGAGACCAACACUAAUGCUAAAGGAGCUGGAACUCAGAGCAAUGAAAUGAUUAUUUUUAUUUCUGAGCAACAAGAUGACACUGUUGUUCAAGUACUGGAGGAGCCUAUUAAGAGUUUGAAUCAAUCUGAAUUUGAGCAUCAUGAAAACCAGGUCGUGUACGAACCCAUUAGUAGUCCAGAGAGUAUCGGAGAGGAGAUUUGUACAACAGCAGAGUUGCAUGGAGGAAUUUCUUUACUGGACCUACAGAACGCAGAGAACAACCACCUUGAAGGAGAUUUCUCAAAAUGUUCUGGUAAUCCAGACAUCACAAAUACUGAAGAUCAUAUCACAGAGGACAAGAAAACUGUUGAAGAAGAGAUUUGUAUCUCUAAUACUCAUGAACUCAAUGCAAUGGAAGCAGUCAACGAUCCACAAUGUGUUCCACAAUCACAAUUAGAACAUAGUACUACCACUGCAGACAUGAAACAACUAUCAGCCAUCAGCUCCAGCGACAACAUCUGCAUGACAGAUGCUAAAAAUGCACAAGAAAAACAGGAAAGUCAAAGUCAAGCAAAUGGCUCUCUGAAUUCUGCUGCAGAGUUAUCUGAGCAGCUGGAGGUGGAUCCUGGAGCGCAGGAGGCCGCAGAAAUAUCAGUGACGUUAAAUCCAGCUCAAACUGAAGUUACCGGAACAGAUCCCGCCGAAGAGUUUGUGAUCUUAGAGCCCGUCCCGGAAAGUGAAAUUCAGUUUGACAUCGUCACUCAGGCUGCAGCUGAAUCUGGUCUGUCGGCUUCACUGUCAAAGGAGGACUGCCAGGAUGGCGUUUUGGUUGAUGAAACAGCAAAUCAGAGUAUUUUGAAUGAUUCAGAGCAAAGACUGUUCUUUGAAGUUCCACCAUCUGGAGAGUGUGUAGAUGGAAUCGCCGUAGGUGAAGUUGCUGAUCAGGAGACAAAAACAGUCAUUCUUGAAGGUUGUGACCAGCAACCAUCACUUGGUAAGGCAGACAGGAUGAUAACAGAGUCUCAAGCUCAGCUCACAAAUGAAGACAGCAGUGCUGUUGUGACGGAGCCAGCAGAAGGUCGUACUGAUCUACAGGAAGUCCAGAUUCUGGAGGAUAUAGAGAUUGGUCGUGAGAUUACAGUGGCAGAAGACAACGAAGAAGACAAUGACAUUUCAAUUAUUGUGAAGCCACAGGAACCUGAGGUUCUUCCAAAGAAGUUGAAAGAAAAAAUAUGCGAAAAAAUCGGUGCUGUCGAAAAGACUGAUGGAGGAAAAAAGGGACCGGAGGUGGAGAAACCCAAGAAACAAGAAAUGAAUACGCAAGCAAGAACCAAAGCCCGUCUCGCAGCUCUGGCUGAACAGAGAGCUGCAGAGUCUAAGAGAUCUGCAAACAGACAGCAGCUGAAUCUUUUAGCGCUUUGUGAGGAAAUCGCAGAGGACAUUGCCACAGACAGCAUGUUACUGAAGAGGAUAGAGGAGGAAAAACUGGCUGCUGCAGCGGCUGCAGCUGCUGCUGCCAAGACCGAAGCAACCAAGAAAAUCCCUCCAUCUGCCAACCCACAAGAUACAGAUUUGGGUAAUGUUGUUACCCCUGCUGGACCAGAAGGGGCCUCUGCAUCUGAGCUGCCAAGCCAAGAAGCAGCUGAAACGCAAAGUGUUGAAGUUCCUGUCUCUCAAAACGCAGAAGCACCUGCAGCAGUAAGAGCUGAAGCACCUGUCUCACAAAGAUCAGAAGCAUCUGUUGCUCAAUCCUCAAUCCAAACCAAGCCUCCAGCGGAGCCUUCGAAGAGACGCUUUUUCAUCUCGCAGGUUUCAGUGCCGCUGAAAGCUCACGAGAAAAAGAAGCUCACUCGAUAUCAAAGACUGAGGCAGGUGGAACUCCAGAGGGAGAAAAUGUCCUGGGCGCGUGUGAAAAAACUCAAAUCCGACCAAGCAAACCAGAUGUUUUCAGGCAUGGAUUGGCAAGCGCAGUUUUCUGCCGCCUCUUUGUUUCCAGCAAUUACCGUUGCAGCAAGUCCUCCACCUGCAGCUUCACCAUCAAAAACAUCUUCAACCAGUCCUGCUACGGCGAGCAAACCUGCUCCAACAGUGGCAGAAGUUUCCAAGGCUCACACUCCAAAAGAAGAACCAGCGAAAGCAACACCUGUCAAAACUGAACCGUCAACAACAGAAACUGCCAAAGUCAAACCAGUUAAAACAGAAGUCACCAAAACUGACCCCAUUCAAUCAGACGCCACAAAAGGUGUUCCUGUAAAGGCAGAAACUGCCAAAAGCGAUUGUCCUGUUACUGAAACCCGCAUGACUACAAGGCAAAGCAAAGCUCAAGCCACUAAAGGCGCUGCUGCACCAGGACCUGCCCCCAAAGUUACCCGGUCAGCGGCCAAAAGGAGCCUCCCAGCACUGCCUCCUCCCAUGCCCAACGGACUUAAUUCUCAAAAGCCAAAACUGGAAAUCGAGUACAAGCCAUAUCGACCCAGACCCAAGUAUUCUCCAGAUGAUUUUGAACUGGAUGAUGACGACCAGCUGCUAGCUCCUUUGACAAAGCAGAAUCUGCCUGUCCGGCCCCCUCAUCCCAGCCACCAGUCAAACCCGGCAUCAUCAUCUAAACCACAGUUAAAACCCAUAGUCUCAUCACAACCUGUCAGUCGAGCAAAUCUCAAAGCUCAGGCUCCUGGACAGCCAAAGUCUACCGUUGAAGCUCAAGCUCGUAUGCCAUCAAAAGCUACAAGUUCCGUUUUACCAAAGUCUGCACCUUCUGCCAGCACUCCAUCUCCUGCUGCUCCACAAUCCAAACUCGUUCUAGCUCCGGGACAACCUAAAGCAGUUGCUUCUGCCACCCCACAUUCCCAGAAAGCAGGUUCCAGUGUUACCCAGGUCAAGCCGUCUCCUCCAGCAGUAGCUGUUUCAGCCACAUGCAGGACAAAGCUUGCUGUCGCUUCAGUGCCUCAGAAAUCCUCCAGUCCCCCUUCGCAGGAAGAUGACAAAACCAAGCAGACAGCGAGUGCUUCUUCCUCUGCCUCCUCCCUUGUACCUGCAAAAGACUCGGAAGUGUCAAACAACACACAGGAUGAAGAAAAACCUGGAGAAAAUAAGGCAGAAAAAAUCAAGAUGCUGGGAAACGAAUCGCAAAAGCCUGUCCAAGAGAACAGCGUAACGAAGCCCCAGGAUGAUGCAACCCCACUCUCGGAUGCUCGUCUCCAAAGAGAAGUCAAGAAAAUAAAGGAGGCUGACAAAGACAACACUCAGACGGUCAUUGAUGCAGGACAGAAGCACUUUGGACCAGUGGCCUGCAGCGUGUGUGGGAUGCUCUACUCUGCUGCCAAUGCUGAGGAUGAAUCCCAGCAUUUGCUUUUUCAUAACCAGUUCGUCAGCGCUAUCAAAUAUGUGGGAUGGAAGAAAGAGAGGAUUCUGGCAGAAUACCCUGAUGGCAAGAUCAUCCUGGUCCUACCCGAUGAUCCUAAAUAUGCUCUAAAGAAGGUUGAAGAAAUUCGGGAGAUGGUGGACAAUGACCUGGGCUUCCAGCAGGUGGAGAUGAAGUGUCCCUCUCAGACCAAAACGUUCCUCUUCAUCUCUGUUGACAAGAAAGUGGCUGGAUGUCUCAUAGCGGAGCACAUCCAGGAGGGUUUCAGGGUGAUUGAGGAGGGCCCUCCUGAGGGCUCUGAGGGGGAGAAGGUGAUGUUUGAGCGCCAGAGAGCGUGGUGCUGCUCCACUACGCCGGAGCCCGCCAUAUGUGGCAUCAGUCGCAUCUGGGUGGUCAGCAUGAUGAGACGGCAGGGCAUCGCCUCGCGAAUGCUGGAGUGUCUCAGGAAUAAUUUCAUUUUUGGCUCCUACCUGAGCAAGGAUGAGAUUGCCUUCUCGGACCCCACUCCCGACGGAAAACUCUUUGCCACAAAUUAUUUUGGCACUUCUCAGUUUUUAGUUUACAACUUUGUGAGCGGGACACGUUUCUCCCAACCCAAAACCCAUAAGGUAUGACGGUCAGUGGAAGCCCUGGAUUUAACUCACCAGUAACACCUCUCAUCCUCUCUACAAGCAGUGUCCAACACUAAGCCUCCUCUGUGUGUAAAAACAACACAUGCUGUAAAUAACUCCUCAGUGAGGUCUGUCAUCGGCUCAAAUCUCAGGAUGAAAACAACAGGAAUUGUUGGAAAAAUGCUUUGAAUUCACCCUUUAAUCUUUCCCCGUAUAUAAUUUUAUAACCAAUUUAAGGCAAACUGGUUAUUUUUUUAAAAACUUUAGUUUACAUGCAUGACCUGACAGCAAUAGAAACAAAAAAGCAUAUUAUGGUUUUGACUCAGCAACCUGCAUAAAACCAAUAUUUUUAGUAUUUUUUUGUUUGUAGCACUGGAAUUUAAAUCCCGUCAACUGAAUUGUGUGUUUUGUUGCCUAACAGCCACAAAAACACAACAGUUUGCGCUAAGAGUUGUGAGUUGUUAUUAGGGCAUUCAUCGUGUCAUCACCACACCUGAAACGUUGCUCUCCAAGCCGAGCCAUAUACCUAACCCGUUUCAGGAGGGGGCUGUAGCCUUUAAUGUAUGACUGGUGGUUUUUUUGUUUUUCUCUGUCUGAAUGCUUUUAUUUUUAACACUUUUGCCUGUAAACAGUAUAAAAACUUUAUAUUCCUUUAGUUAAACGAAUCAUCUUAUUUUUUAGUAACAAAUUAAAAUUUAUAUGAAAUAAUUAUGUAGAUUUAUGCAUACUGUAACCAGAUUUUUUUAAGGAAGAGGUUUGAAGGCACACGUGUUUAACGGUAUAGUCCGUGAUGGUGAAUAUUAAACAGUUUUGGGGUCGUAUAAUUGUGUGCCCAAAAUCAAUAACUCUUAUUGAUCGGCAGUAUCGUUGUUUUUUUCUUCUUCUUUAUAAAUUAGCUGCUUUUAAGAGAUGUGUUGUGUAAGAAAACUAAUUUGAUUCAUACAAAGCUGUUAUGUAAAUAUUUAUUUAAAUAAAACUCUUUUUUUCGGCC